AUGGAGGUAAUAGUAGUAAUAGUAGUAAUAGUAGUAGUAAUAGCAAUAGUAAUAGUAAUAGAUAGUAAUAGUAAUAGUAAUAGUAAUAAUAGUAGUGAUAGUAGUAAUGAAAGUAAUAAUAGUGAUUCAAGUAAAAAUGGUGGGAGUGAUAUCUAUCAAUUUAGUAGCAGUAACAAACCAUUUCUCCAUAAUUUUAGUAAUAAUAAUCCCAAUUAUAAUAUUAAUGCUUAUUUUCGUAUUUAA